UGCCAGGGGCGGUGGUGUGGGGGUGCCUGGGUGAGACUUGGGUGAGACAGGUGGGACCAAGUUUAGAGCAAGGUUCUUACAGAUAGUUUUUAGAGUACCUACUUUGCAGUUGCCAGUUGCGUUGCAUCAGGUUCAUUGGGGGAUAGCACCCUUGCGAUGUCAUCUCCAGCUAAGAUGGCCAAGAGCGCGCUGCGGAAGCGUGUCAAGUCAGCGGUGAGUCAGCUCAGCUCUGAGGAGCGCGCCCGGCAGAGUCGGGCGGUGACUCGUCAGCUGCUGGCGGUGCCACAGUACCAGCAAAGCCAACGCGUGUCCGUGUAUCUCAGCAUGCCGGACGAGAUCCAGACGGGUGACAUCGUGGCCGACCUGUUGCGCGCCGGCAAACAGUGCUUCAUCCCGCGCUACGAGUCCGGCUCGUCCCACAUGGACAUGGUGCGUCUGCACUCGGCUGCCGACCUCGCCGCGCUGCCCACCACCAAGUGGAACAUCCAGCAGCCUUCCCUGGACGAGCAGCGCGAGGAGGCGCUCCAGACGGGAGGCCUCGACCUGAUCCUGAUGCCGGGUCUGGCGUUCAGCCGCGCCGGUCACCGGCUGGGGCGCGGCCGCGGCUACUACGACCGCUACCUGACGCGCUGCCGGGAGGCGCAGCGGCGGCCGCCCGCCACCGUGGCGCUGGCCUUCGCCGAGCAGCUGGUGGACGAGGUGCCCGUGGAGGAGACGGACGUGCCCGUGGACGUGGUCCUGUGUGCCGGCGGCGAGGGCGACCACUGAGAGCCGGGCCGUCCGCAGCAGAGGGGUGCUCGGUGCCGGGUGCCCAGUAGUCGGGGUAGCUGGGUAGCGAUGACGUAUCUGGGCUCUGAAGACCUUCAAACCUUUGCUAGAAGCAUGUACUUGAAUAUCGAUCCUUUACUGGGAUGUAUUUGUAACAGGCCUGCUCUCGAGUUGAGACCGCGGGCGUGGCUGGGACGACUGCGCUGUGCCUACUGUCCUGUAUAACCGGACACCGGUCUUGAACCAGCAAAGGAAACUAACUCGUAGCAUUAGCUGGGGAUGAAUAGUUUGGUGGGGUGGGUUUGUUGACGGGGCACAUAGCUUAUGAUUCUGCAAUAAGUGAGUAGCCAAGCGACUCAUUAAACCGCUCAAAGCCGUCAGCUACGUUGGCUUCUCUCAAAUACGUUAUGGUGUUACCGACGACCUUGGACAAAUGUCAGCCUUUCCUUCGGUCUUUUCUCGAACUCGAUGUUUUGGUGACUAAGCACGGGUGUCCUCGACUCUCGAGUGUUGUGCAAUAUUUUGAGCGGUGGGCUUUCAGAUAUGAGGUCAAGGUUGAUACUGCCCAACCUGGCCAGUUGGCCACAUUAAUUAGUCUCGGGGCACUGUAUUUUCUCGAGGGAUCUGUUGCGGUCUCUCGUGAAGGCGUAUAGAUCUGAGCAAGAUCUGAGCCAAUUUUGUAACGUGGCUAUUUUGUACCGAUAAUAAAUUUUAUUUUCGAAAAA